AUGGCCAGUAACAAUAAUAUAGAAGCACUCAUAGGUACAUGGGAACAUGUUCGAACUGAAAAUUUAGAUGGAUUUUUGAAAGAAGUAGGCGUUCCAAUGCCUAUUCGAAUGUUGGCUAAGCGUUCGAGUCCACGUAUUAUUAUCAGUGAAGACAACGGCACCUGGACUAUACGUACUGAAACACUUAUUAAAAAUAUGACGACUCGUUUUACACCCGGUGUCGAAUUUCAAGAUACAACUCCCGAUGGAAGUGAAGUACAGACAACUAUUUGCUUCGAAAAUGGAAAAUGGUUGCAAACAGUACGAGACAAAAAAAAUAAAGAAACAAAGGUAACACGUUCUAUUGACGAGCAAGGAUUACACCAACUUACAAUGACAUGCGGUGAUGUCACAGCUCAUCGUUGGUUCAAGCGGACAGAAUAA